GAUUUGUUGGGAUAUAACUUAAUGGCACUUAAAUAUAUUAAACGUGAUUGGGAAAACAAUAAUACAGCAGAAUUCUUUGAUGAUAUACCUAAGAAUGAAGAAAUAAGUUCUGGAUCAUUAACAAAACGGAAGUUUAUAAAUUUGACAGUAUGA